AUGGAGGGGGGUGAGGGGCAGCCGCUGCUGGGACCACCGAGCACAAGCAGUGCAGGGCUCUCCUCUGCUGGCGCUGUCUUCAUCAUGCUCAAGUCUGCGCUGGGCGCCGGGCUGCUCAGCUUCCCCUGGGCAUUCAGCAAGGCUGGGGGGGCCGUGCCCGCCAUCCUGGUGGAGCUGGGCUCGCUGGUGUUCCUGGUGAGCGGGCUGGCGGUGCUGGGCUACGCGGCGGCGCUCAGCGCCCAGCCCACCUACCAGGGGGUCGUGCGGGCAGUGUGCGGGCCGGCAGCGGGGAAGCUCUGCGAGCUCUGCUUCCUCCUCAACCUCUUCAUGAUCUCCGUGGCUCUCCUCAGGGUGGUGGGCGACCAGCUGGAGAAACUGUGCGACUCGCUGUACCCUGCCGGCACGCUGAGCGGGGGCCCCCCCUGGUACGCGGAUCAGCGCUUCACCCUCCCGGCUCUCUGCGUCGUCGUCAUCUUCCCGCUCUCCGUCCCCAGGGAGAUCGGCUUCCAGAAGUACUCCAGCAUCCUGGGCACGCUGGCCGCCUGCUACCUCACCCUGGUCAUCAUCCUCAAGUACCACCUGCAGGAAGGGAGCCUCAGCUCGCCCCAGCCUCCCCGACCCCCCAGAGCCUCCUCCUGGGCCUCCAUGUUCAGCGUCAUCCCCACCAUCUGCUUCGGCUUCCAGUGCCACGAGGCCUGCGUGGCCAUCUACAGCAGCAUGCGCAACCAGAGCUUCUCCCACUGGGUCGCCGUCUCCGUGCUCUCCAUGCUCAUCUGCCUCCUCAUCUACUCCCUCACAGGGCUGUAUGGCUACCUCACCUUUGGUGAGGCCGUGGCAGCCGAUGUCCUGAUGUCCUACCCGGGGAACGACCCUGUCGUCAUCGUCGCUCGCCUGCUCUUUGGCGUCUCCAUUGUCACCAUCUACCCCAUCGUGGUGCUGCUGGGCAGGUCGGUGGUGCGGGACCUGUGGGCACACCCCAAGCGCGGGGCGGCCCCGCUGGCUGACGGCCCCGAGCGGCGGAGCCGGGUGGCGCUGACCAUCUCGUGGAUGGCCGCCACGCUCGCCAUCGCCUUGUUCGUCCCCGACAUCGGCAAGGUCAUCGAGCUCAUCGGCGGCAUCAGCGCCUUCUUCAUCUUCAUCUUCCCAGGGCUGUGCCUGGUGUGCAUGACGGGGAGCCAAAGCAUCGGGCCGCGCAAAAAGGCCACUCUCGUCAUCUGGGGCAUCCUCUCGGUGCUGGGGGGCACCUUCGUGUGCGGGCAGAGCGCUGCCCUGGCUGUGAUGGGGCUGCUGCGUUGA